AUGAACGAGGAGCAACCCGACGACCAAUGCACCACAGCGGGAGAUUUGUCUACAGUGCCGAUGGCACUGUUCAUGCUCCUUGCAGCGCCUCAACUUAAGAGCAUCUCGCAUGCAGCUGUUGGCCAGUGGCGCAAGCUACACAGUGAGUACGAGGGCGAAGUAGCCAUGCGCUGCAAGAACGACCUGACCAAGAUGGCGGAAGUUCUUGUUAGUGACCGUGACUUUCAGCGCCGCAAGCGUUCACAUGGCCGAGACCCAAGUGAGUCGAAGCGCAAGGAAAAACAGACGCAGAGCACUACCAACCAGUCUCCUGCUAAGUACCGUAAGAUCGAGAAUGGUGGCGAACCAACCAAAAAGAACAUCAGUGCGAGCAAUAAGCAGGGCCAGAAAAAGAGUGCUGUGAACACUUCUCCAACCGGUGGUUGUCUUAAUGACGAGAAGAAAGAGCUCCUCCACAAGAUGCAUGAGCGUCGCGAUAACAAGCGGGCUAAUGCCGAUGCGUGA